AUGAAAAUUUCUUGGAAAUGGCUAAAUGAAAUCCUUGAUGUCUCUAAUAUAUCAUUAGAUAAAAUAACAAAAAAACUAAUAUUAGCUGGGUUUGAAAUUGAAAGUAUUGAAGACAAACCUAAUAUUCAGGAUAAAAUUAUUGAUAUCAGUAUUACAGCAAAUCGAGGUGACACAUCAAGUAUUAUAGGACUUGCCAGAGAAAUUAACACUCUAUUUAAUUUAAAAAGCCUAUAUAUUAACAGGAAUUAUUACUUAAAUUAUAAAAAUAGAUCUAAAAAAUUUAUAAAAAAAAAUAAUUAUAUCAAUGUAAUAAAGACUAAUGCAAUAUUAAGUUGUCAUCUCAAUACAAUUGUCAAUUUACGAAAGUGCUCAUCGCCAAUCUGGCUAAUUAAUUAUUUAAAAGCGUAUGAGAUUAAAUCAAAUAAUAUAAUACAAGAUAUACAAGAAUACAUAAAAAUCAAAUGGGGACAAGAUAUUGAAAUUUUUGAUUUAGAUAAAGUCAAUUCAAUUACUUCUAGUGGACCUAUAAUAAAUAUUGAAUUAGUAAAACAAACAAGUAGAUGGAUGGAUACAAUUAAUACUAAACAUAUUAAUAAUGAUGUAUCUAUUGAAUUGCUCAAGUAUACCAAUAAAACUUUAUCAGUAAUUGGAAUCCAAUCUAAUCCAGAAUUUCAAUGUGAUGACAAUACUUCUUCAAUUAUAGUAGUUGGUACUACUUGCAAGAAGCAAUAUUUGAAAAAGAUUAUACAAAAUAUUAAUUAUAAGACAGAAAGAAUACAACGACAUUUAAAAUAUACUUCAAUUGAUGAUUUGAUUCAAGGAUACAAUGAAACCAUUCAAAUAAUUUCGCAUUUAACUAAAGGUAAAAUAGGACAGCCAUAUACUAUUGGCAAAAAUCAGUCUAGCAAGAGAGAAAAAACUAUUUACGUAAAUAGAAAACAGAUAAUCAAUAUAUUAGGUCCUGUACAAAACAGUUAUGGACAAAUAUGUCAAAAUAAAAUACUUGAAAUUCUACAGCAAUUAAAUUUUAAACCUGAAUUUGUAAAUGACCAUUUUCAAGUUACUAUUCCACAAUAUAGACAAGAAGACAUUCAAAGAACUGCAGAUGUAAUUGAAGAAAUAGGCAGAAUAUAUGGAUUUGACAACUUUAUUGAUACGUUACCAGCUUACACUAAUAAAGGUAAAAUCUCUAAACAUAUCAAAUACAUAGAUAAAAUGCGCAAUAGACUUAGUUAUUUCGGAUUACACGAACUUAUUAAUUAUUCUCUUUCAACUCAAGACAAAAUACAUAAUUCAACAAUUCAAUUGUAUAAUUCUUUACUAGAUGAUCAAUCACAAUUAAAAGAUAAUCUGAUUGAAAAUUUAAUUCUUGCAAAACAAUAUAAUAUUCAAAAGAAAAACUUAUUUAUCGAAUUUUUUGAAAUCGGUAAAGUAUUUAAUAAAGAAUAUCAAUCUAAAAAAGAGUCUAAAUAUAUAGAAAGUUUAAAUUUAGCUGGAAUACUAGGAAAUGAUAAUUUUUAUAAAGCAUCAUGGCAAGAUAGAUCUCACAGUCUGAGCUGGUUUCAAGCAAAAGGUUUACUAGAAGAUUUUUUCGAACAAAUAGAAAUAAAAGUUAAUUGGGUUAAACCUUAUUCUAAUCUAAGGUUUAAUAAAUGUUGGAAUUCUAUUUGCCAUCCUUAUCGAUUAUCUAUUUUGUGCAAUCAAGAUACACAAGAGCCUAUUGGAAUAUUUGGUGAACUAAAUACUAAAUGUAAUAACAAUAUAAAUAGCAGCCACAGAACCUAUGUAUUCGAACUUAACUUAUACAAACUCAUACAAGCAAAAAAAAAUACAGAACAUUUAUCUUACAUCUAUCGACCCUAUUCUAAUUAUCCAAUUGUUAUUAGAGAUAUCUCAAUUAAAGUCAACAAGAAUAAUACAGCAAGAGCUAUUCAAACAGAUAUACUAAAUCUUAAUAAUCCUUUAAUUAAGUCAGUUGAUAUAUUAAGCGAAUACAAAAGUCAUCAUUCAAAUUCUUAUAGAAAUAUAGGUUUACGUAUUAAAUAUCAAUCGAACUUAAAAACGCUGAACAAUAUAGAAAUUGAUAAUAUAAAUAAUGAGAUUAAUCAAUUAGUAAGCAAUAUAUCAAAGAAUAAUCAUUUAAUGUAA